CCCUAAUAUUUAAGUUAGCAUAUUUUGGCCACACUAAAACAGCAAUGAAAAAAUUGUGAUUAUUUUUCAAGGUGCGCAUAAAACGACAAAAGUAACAAUAGUCAUCGUUGAGAAUUAAUUGUCAGAUUUGUAAUAUCACUUUUGCAAUUGUAAUACGUACAUAGCAAAAUGAGUGCCGUCGCCAACAGCGAUCCAGCCAUUCCCAACAUGGCACUUGGGCGAAGUCAAACGAUAUGCCGCUUUUAUCUGCGCGGCAUAUGUCGUUUUGGAGAACUCUGCCGUUUCUCUCAUGAUCUAAGUCGCGGCCGUCCUGAGUGUGCGGAGCAAACGCUCAUAACAACAGACAAUGCUGAGAGCAUUAAGCCAAGCACCAGCACCAGCCAACGUAAUUGGGCAAACGCCCCGGUAUUUGUGCCUAGCCAGAAGCGCAUGCUGCACCAGAACGUGGAUGAUGAGGAGGCAGCUUCUGGAAGUGUGGCUCUUCAAAACGCAAUCUCCUGGGCCGAAGUGGUAGGUGGCCCGUCCUUACCCGAUGCCGACGUGAGCUGUUGCGAACCCGCAUCAUUGGACGAGGUUUGUCCAUAUGAAAGUCCGUGUCCUUAUGGCGAGUAUUGCCCCUAUCGUAUACACAUGGAGCUAUGCGAAAUGUGUGACCAGUAUUGCCUGCAUCCCACGGAUCAAGCUCAACGCAAAAAGCACAACCGGGAGUGCUUGCAACAGCACGAACAGGCCAUGGAACUUUCCUUUGCGAUCGCUCGCUCCAAGGAUAAGACCUGUGGCAUAUGCUUUGACACCAUCAUGGAGAAGGCUGGUCGGGAGAAAAGAUUUGGCAUUCUGCCCAACUGCAACCAUAUCUUUUGUUUGGAAUGCAUUCGUAAAUGGCGCCAGGCCAAACAGUUUGAGCAUAAAAUAACGCGUGCUUGCCCCGAAUGUCGCGUAUGUUCAGACUUUGUCUGCCCCAGUGCAUUUUGGGUGGAGACAAAGGAGGAAAAGGAUAAACUUCUCAAUGAUUAUCGCGCUGCCUUGGGAGCCAAGGAUUGUAAAUACUUCAAGAAAGGCGAGGGAAAGUGUCCAUUUGGAAACAAGUGCUUUUACAAACAUGCCCUGCCCAAUGGAGAUAUCGUGGAUGUGGGCUUACCAAAGCGUACUCGAAAGUUACAGGGCCAAAAUGAAAUAAUCGAUUUACUCGAUAUUUAUCUUUGGGACUAUGUUGAUAGACGUGAUUACCAUUGGCUGGAGAUAUUUUCAAGUGAUAUAAGUGAUUCUUCAGAUGUCUCCGAUGAUGAACAAUUAUGCUAAUUGAUAUGGCUCUAU